UACCCGAGCUCGGCAAUAGGGUCAGCAGCGGACUUGCACGGGCUGAACUUUCUCGCUUUCUGCUUCAGAGCGAGGAGGACGUUAACCCGUCAGCCGCCGGGGCUUGAGUCGGGAUUGGCCGCAGUCAGUGAGCGGCUGCCGCUGGCGGAGAGACGGACGGACAGACAGACAGACAGAGAGAGAGAGAGAGAGACAGAGAGUGUGAACGGUCCCUUUAACAGGAGGCAGCGGCGCCGGGGGUGGGAGAAGCAGGCGGCAUGGAGGCUUUCUGCAGCUGGGAUGGCUCGGAUGUCUUCUGGGAUUCAAACAAAACCUGGUAUACAGAUAAUCCAGAUUUUACACGCUGCUUCCAACUAACCAUCUUAGUCUGGAUCCCUUGCAUCUACAUCUGGAUUUGUUUUCCAUUCUACUUUUUGUUUCUUCGUUAUCAUGACCGAGGUUAUAUUAGAAUGUCAAUUCUCAAUAAAAUUAAAACGGUUUUGGGAUUUGUGUUGUGGCUAAUCUGCUGGACAGAUCUUUUCUACACUUUCUGGGAGAGAAGUGAAGGACUUGGGCAAGCUCCUGUUUACAUAGUGAGCCCUGCAAUACUUGGGGUUACAAUGUUGCUUGCAGUUUUCCUCAUCCAGUAUGAGAGGCUGAAGGGUGUCCAAUCCUCUGCUGUUCUUUUGAUCUUUUGGUUGCUUGCGUUGGUGUGUGCCAUACCACCAUUGAGGUCCAAAAUAAUGCACUCUAUUAAUCAGGUCUCUCACAUUGAUGUUUUUCGGGAUACGACCUUUUACCUCUAUUUUGUUCUAGUAUUGAUAGGAUUUGUCCUUUCCUGCUUAACAGAUCAGCCUCCUCUCUUCUCUGAAUCUGUUAAGGAUUCUAAUCUUUGUCCUGAGCUAAGUGCGUCAUUCCUGUCCCGGAUAACGUUCUGGUGGUUUACAGGGAUGACAGUUUUAGGAUAUAAACGGCCAUUGGAGCCAGAUGAUUUAUGGACCUUGAAUAAGAAGGAUAAAUCUAAAGUGAUUGUGCCACACCUGGUUGAAGAAUGGGAGAAGGAAUGUUCCAAAAUAACCAGGCUAAGUGAAAUGGUAUACUCUCCUAAGAAGAACAGAACCAAAAAGGAGCAUGAGAAUACUGAGGAACCUGAUGAAGCACAUGUGUUGCUUUUAAAGAAGAAAAAAAAUUUGCAACCUUCACUGCUGAAAGCACUUUGUAGAGCCUUUGGGCCAUAUUUUAUGAUGAGCUUCUUGUAUAAGAUUAUUCAUGACUUAUUGAUGUUUGCCAGCCCUGAAAUUCUGAAGUUUCUGUUGCAGUUUAUCAAUAACGAAAAGGCUCCAGCCUGGCAAGGCUACUUUUAUGUUGUGCUACUAUUUUUAUGUGCAUUUAUACAGACUCUCUUCCUCCAUCAGUACUUCCAAAUUUGUUUUGUUACUGGAAUGAGACUAAAAACUGCUAUUAUAGGAGCAGUUUAUAGAAAGGCCCUGGUCAUUUCAAAUGCAGCAAGAAAAACAUCCACAGUUGGGGAAAUUGUAAACUUGAUGUCUGUGGAUGCACAGAAGUUCAUGGAUUUGAUAACUUACUUAAAUAUGAUCUGGUCUGCACCACUUCAGGUGAUCCUGGCUAUGUACUUCCUGUGGCAGAAUCUUGGGCCCUCAGUGCUAGCGGGCGUGGCUGUCAUGAUUCUACUGGUCCCUAUAAAUGCUGUGAUUGCAAUGAAGAUGAGAAACCUCCAGGUGACGCAGAUGAAAGAAAAAGACAAUCGCAUCAAACUGAUGAAUGAGAUUCUAAGUGGAAUAAGAGUGUUGAAGUUAUAUGCCUGGGAGCUGGCGUUUAAGGAGAAGGUGCUGCAAAUUAGACAGAAGGAGCUCCAAGUGCUCAAAAGUGCAGCCUAUUACUCAGCAGUUUCAACAUUUGCAUGGGUCUGUGCACCAUUUCUGGUUGCUUUAUCUACAUUUGCACUGUAUGUGCUUGUAGAUGAGAAGAACGUGCUGGAUGCCCAGAAAGCAUUUGUUUCAUUGGCACUUUUUAAUAUUCUCAGAUUUCCACUCAACAUGCUCCCCAUGGUCAUUACUAGUAUAGUGCAAGCAAAUGUUUCCAUGAAGCGCCUCGGUACAUUCCUCUCUCAUGAGGAACUGGAUCUAGACACAGUGGACAGAAAUUUAGUCCAUUCCUCAUUGAACAGUAUCAUCGUGAAAAAUGGAACUUUCAGUUGGUCCAAAGAAGAUCCCCCAUGCCUGAACAACAUUGAUGUAGAAAUUCCUGAAGGUUCUCUUGUGGCUGUUGUUGGACAUGUUGGAUGUGGAAAAUCUUCCCUGCUCUCUGCAUUGCUUGGGGAAAUGCAGAAAAUAGAAGGUUAUAUUGCUGUUAAGGGUUCAGUGGCGUAUGUCCCACAGCAAGCAUGGAUCCAAAAUGCAUCUUUAAGAGCCAAUAUUAUCUUUGGUCAGGAAUUAAUGGAAGAGUGGUACAGAAGAGUGUUUGAGAGCUGUGCACUUCUACCUGACCUGGAGAGUCUGCCUGCAGGAGAUGAGACAGAAAUUGGCGAGAAGGGUGUGAAUUUAUCAGGAGGUCAGAAGCAGAGGGUGAGUCUUGCUCGAGCAGUUUACAGUGAUAAUUCGGUUUAUUUUUUGGAUGAUCCACUCUCUGCUGUUGAUGCACAUGUUGGUCGGCAUAUUUUCGAGAAAGUAAUCGGACCCAAAGGUUUACUCAAAGGCAAGACUCGUGUCCUGGUGACUCAUGGUGUUAGCUUCCUACAUCAAAUGGACAGGAUUCUUGUGAUGGUCAAUGGGAAAAUCUCAGAGUCGGGUACCUACAAGGAACUUUUAGCACAAAAUGGGGCAUUUGCAGAAUUCCUUCGCACUUACGCUCCUACAGAAAAUGAAGAAUUGGAUGACCAAGCAGAAACGAGACAGGAUCAUAAUCACAUUAUUCCACGCAAGACAUUACAAAAUGUCCUCCUAAGAAUGAACAAAUCAAGCUCAGCAUCUAAUGAUGAGGAAGCAACACUUUCGCAGCAGAAAAAUGCAUCGAAUCCAGUAGAUGCCAGGGAAAAAGCAAAACAAGCAGCUGGUCUGAAACUGACAGAAGCUGACAAAGCUCUGACUGGUAGAGUAAAGUCCUCUGUUUUCUGGGCAUAUAUGAAGGCAAUUGGAACCUGCACUUCUUUCUGCAUUGUUCUAUUCUACCUAUGCCAACAUGUAGCCUCUUUAUCCUCUAAUUACUGGUUGAGUUUAUGGACAGAUGAUCCAGUUGUUAAUGGCACCCAACAGCAUACUUCACUCAGACUAGGAGUAUAUGGCGCACUUGGAAUAAUUCAAGGUCUUUUUGUACUCUCUUCAUCGGUGGCGAUGAGUGUUGGAGGAAUAUCGGCUUCACGCUGGCUCCACGAUCACGUGCUCUAUGAUAUCCUGAUGUCACCAAUGAGCUUUUUUGAGCGAACGCCUAGUGGUAACAUAGUAAACCGCUUUGCCAAAGAAAUCGAUACAAUAGACUCGGUGAUUCCAGUAGUGAUUAAAAUGUUCUUAGGAUCACUAUUUAAUGUUCUUGUUUCUUGCACGGUGAUUUUAGUGGCCACUCCAAUAGCUACAGUCAUCAUACCACCCUUGGGAUUUAUCUACAUAUUUGUACAGAGGUACUAUGUGGCUACCUCACGUCAGUUGAAAAGAUUAGAAUCAGCCAGCCGAUCACCCAUAUUUUCAAACUUCAAUGAAACUCUGCUUGGUGUUAGUGUUAUCCGUGCUUUUGGAGAAGAAGACCGUUUUAUACACCAGAAUGACUUCAGAGUAGAUGAAAACCAGAAAGCUUAUUACCCCAGUAUUGUUGCCAACAGGUGGUUGGCUGUGAGACUGGAGUUUGUUGGCAAUUGCAUUGUGCUUUUUGCUGCCCUGUUUGCUGUGGCUUACAGAGAUACAGUCAGUCCAGGGAUCGUUGGGUUGUCUAUAUCCUAUGCCCUACAGAUAACAUCGACACUAAACUGGCUGGUACGCAUGACUUCUGAAGUAGAAACUAAUAUUGUUGCAGUGGAAAGAGUGCAAGAGUAUUCUGGUACUCCCAAAGAGGCGCGUUGGAUUAUUAGAAAUAAUCGACCACCUGAAACGUGGCCUGCGGAAGGCAAGAUAGAAUUUGUAAACUAUGGAUUACGGUAUAGAGAAGAUCUUGACUUGGCCCUGAAGGACAUCACUGUAUCCAUAAAUGGAGGCGAAAAGAUUGGAAUAGUUGGGAGAACAGGAGCAGGAAAAUCUUCUUUUGCACUUGGCCUGUUUCGAAUAAUUGAAGCUGCUGAAGGACAAAUCUCUAUUGAUGGAAUAGACAUUGCAAAAAUAGGCCUUCAUGACCUCAGGUUUCAGAUUACUAUCAUACCUCAGGACCCAGUAUUGUUCUCUGGUUCACUUCGGAUGAAUUUGGAUCCCUUUGAUCAGUACUCGGAUUCAGACUUGUGGAAAGCUUUGGAACUGGCUCACCUGAAAACUUUUGUGUCUGGUCUGCCUAACAAAUUGAAUCAUGAAUGUUCUGAAGGAGGAGAGAAUCUCAGUGUUGGACAGCGACAGCUGCUCUGUUUAGCACGGGCUCUUCUUCGGAAAUCUAAAAUUCUAGUUCUUGAUGAAGCUACAGCUGCUGUGGAUCUAGAAACAGAUGAACUCAUCCAGUCAACAAUAAGAAACCAGUUUGCUGAAUGUACUGUGCUCACAGUAGCACAUCGUCUCAAAACCAUUAUGGAUUAUACACGGAUUAUGGUUCUGGACAAGGGCCGGAUUAUAGAGUUUGAUACUGCACCGGAACUUCUCCGCAGAAAAGGAACCUUUUACAAAAUGGCAAUGGACUCUGGUCUUUUGUAAUUUAGUUAUAUUUUCAGGUUUGCCUGAAAUUGGAGGAGUUAAACAUAUUAUAGUGAACCAAAACUUGAAUGUAAAACCUUUUAAGUUGGUAAUUGGCAUCUGUUUAUAAGGAGUUUUGUAUAAAACAAAGUAUUUUCAUAUACCUCUGACUUUUUUAUAUAGAUUUGAGUUUUUCUUUAAGGUGGUACAUUCUUCCUUAUUUAAGUAUUUAUAGUACCUAUAAAUAUGAAGAUCUAAAUAAUAGGUGCAAGGCAUCAAAAUGUUGAUUUGUAGUGCUUUAUGGUACUGCAUUUAUUUUUGACAAUUGUGUUAAUGUGCAUAUUGUAAAUCAUGAGGAAUGAAUAAUAAAACUGCUGGUUGGCUGAA